CCUCCCUGAAGUAAGCAAGGUAGUUGGCCCCCCGUGGCCCCGUCACCUCCAGAAGUAGCCAUACGGAUUCAGAUCGCGGCCGCGGCGACCCCCCGAGCAGAGGAACCCGAUCGAGCGCGGCAGCGCAAAUCCCCAAUCUCAGAUCCUGCUGCGCCAAAGCCGGGUUCGAUUCGAGCAGAUGGCGGCGGCAUGGGCGGUGCUGGCGGUGUUGCUCGUCGCGGCACAGGUGGCGUCGGCGGCCCCGGUCACGGCGCCAGCGUUCCUCUGGGCGCCCAAGAACUACGGAUUCCGCUCUGAUGAUGCUAAGGAGGUAGUCCAUUAUCAGACAAUCUCACCAAAGAGCUUAGCUAAAUCUGUUCUCGAGGAAGGUGGUUGGUCAAACUUUAUGUGUUCAAGGGAGGAUACUCAGAAGAGUAUUGAUGUUGCUGUUGUUUUUAUUGGCUCAAAGCUACAAUCGUCAGACAUAUCUAAAGAUAAGCAAGAUGAUCUGACUUUAGCAGACACAUUGAAGCUCUCCUUCACAGAUUCAGAGUUUUCCAUGGCAUUCCCCUAUGUUUCCACAUCAGAUGAUGAGAAAUUGGAGAACUCAUUGCUAUCUAGCUUUGCUGAGAAUUGUAACAGUGGUUUUGGAAGAAACCGUAUCACCUACACAGACACGUGUACUGUAAGUGGUCAAGAUGUGAAGAAAUAUACAAACAUGGAUGCUAUUGAUGACUUGGUACGGUAUGGCGUAGGGUCAAGGAGAAUUAACCCAAGUGAACAGACUGAUAUAAUUGUUUUCUGUAGCGGUGGGUUCGAGAAUUUUUUCACUCCGAAAUCAGAAGGAGAGUUGCUUUCCCAGCUUGUUCUCUUGCUGGAGCAGUCUGGGGCUAAAUACACGAUUCUUUAUGCUUCCCAACCAUCUGGUUUACUGGAGAACCCUUCCAGCUUGCCACUAGGUAGGUAUCUUGCAGAGAAGACUAAGGGUACAAAAACUGGCGAGGGCAAAUGUGAUGGAGAGUGCCUAGUCAAAUCAACUCUUCUUGAGGGAACUUUUGUUGGAAUAGUGCUUCUUAUCAUCCUGAUAUCAGGACUCAUGUGUAUGAUGGGAAUCGAUACUCCCUCGAGGUUUGAAGCUCCCCAGGAAUCUUGAUCUCCCUUUGAAGCAGAAUCUGGGGAUUUGACGAGGCACAGAGUGGAGGGACUGAUGUUUGUCGGUCUACACUGUGGAUAUUGUUUAGUUUCCCCUUUGAAAGUGCCUUGUGUAUUUUACUGAGCCAACUGUUAUUUACAAUGCGCUCAAAUUUUUUGUGUAAUAUUACGUUUCAUGUCUAUGGACAUCUAGCUGAGCCAUUGCAAACAAGCAUAUGUGACUGUCAGGCUUGUGCUGUACUAGACAUAGCAUUGCCUGCAGUGUUUUCUGUGAAUAACCUGAAAUUCAGGUAACCAAUAAGAUGGGUACUAUGCAUCAAAUAAAAUGAAAUCUUUGCCAUUUGUUUGAUCAGAAUCA